CCGCGUGCCGAGAGAGAGGCCAGACGGUCGCUCCAUCACGGUGGCCAUCGCGAAACGCUGCACCACCUGUUCACCCGUGCACCCCGAUGCACCCCGAUGCACCCAGUCGUGGCUUUAAAAACCGAAAGGCCACUGCGAGAAUCGACGGAUCCCUCGUAUCGAAAUCCGAUGCAGGAGGAACCAGGAAGUGAGUCCAGGGAAAGACAGGAGGCGAGAGAGGUUCGAUGUAUUGAUUAGAGCCUAGACCCCAAGGGGCGAGAGAGGGAGAAGCGAGAGAGACGCGGGAGCUUAAAGACCCACUACGCGACCCCGGUUGUAAUCAGUCGAGUUCCUGGCCCCUUUCAAUUAACAUCCGCCGAGUGCGUCGAUGCAUGCAGUCGUGUGAACGGUAGAGGCAUGGAGGCGACGAGCGAAGAGGGGGACGGCAAUCACAACGGCGCCUCCUUGAACGGGGGAGUGGCUUACUUCCCUCAAGGCGACGAGAACCUGGAGGUGCGACUCCCGUUGAUGACCAAGGAGCCGGGAAUCCUGAAGAACGCUCCCCACGUGGAGAUCUCCCCCGCGGCCCCCUGGUUCAUGAAGCGACUCCUCCGCCCCAAGAGAAGCGACGGCGAGAAGGGAACGCGGCACCCGGGCUCCCUCGACAGGAACGGGGAGGUGGUGCGGAUAGUGGAGAACCCCUUACACAGUGCCGGACCCGAGUCCAGCCCCGACACUUCAACCGGGACCGUGAAAUACAUGCUGUCGAGGAGAGGCGGAUCCAGGUUCUCCCCGCUCGAGAAGGCUCUCGCCGUUCUUGUGAUCUUUUUGGUUGUGGCCUGCGUUUGCAUCCUCUCGGUCGCCGUCGUGAAGAAAGGCAAGACGGCGACCCCGGAGUCUGGCUUCACAGUUGCUACCCAGUCGCCCUCGAAAAUUUCCCCAAAGAUUGGCCUUGAAAAUUCAGGAAUGAGAACCGAUUCCCCCACCUCCAGCCGAUUCCCCGACCUCCAGCCGAUUCCCCGUCGCGCCAUUGUCGGGUGUCGGAGCGUGAAGCCGUGCCGAGACGCCGGUUGCGAAGGCAAUUUCGCCGACUCGAUCGACCGGUCGAUCGAGGUCGCCGUCUGGGGCGGCAGGCGGCAGGUGGAGGGCAGACCCGCCUCGUAUGCCGUGGCAGGUGGAGGGCAGACCCACCUCGUAUGCCGUGGCCGGUGGAGGGCGGUCCCGCCUCGUAUGCCGUGGCAGGUGGAGGGCGCCGGUCCCGAUGUGUGCCUCACGAGUGAAUGUGUCAAAACCGCGGCGUCGUUACUGUCGGCGAUGGACCCGACGGCGGACCCGUGCGACGACUUCUUCCAGUAUGCGUGCGGGACGUGGAACCGGCAGCACGUGAUCCCCGAGGACCGAAGCUCCAUCUCCACCUUCGAGGUCAUGUCCGACAAGCUGCAGAUCGUACUCAAAGGUUUGUUGGAGGAGCCGUUCAACCGACGGGACAACAAAGGAACUCGGAAAGCAAAACUAUUUUACAAGUCCUGCAUGAACAUGACCCAACGAGAGCAAGUCGGCGACCUCGCCCUCAAAGAAGUCCUGAAGAGCCUGGGCGGCUUCCCCGUGACAAACUCCAGCUGGUCUCCCCCGCACGGGAUGACGGUGGAGAAACUGGUCGCCAUCAUCCGGAAAGACUACAAUCUCCCGAUCCUCAUCGAGCAGUGGGUCGGCCCGGACGACAAGAACUCCAAUGAGAACAUCAUUCAGAUAGACCAGAUGAACCUGGGUUUGCCGUCCAGGGAGUACUUCCUCAAGAACAGCAGCAAGUACCACGUGACGGCCUACCAGAAGUACAUGUCGGAUGUUGCCUUCCUCCUCGGGGCCGACCCCGAAAGGGCCACGGUCGAGAUGGAAAAAGUCGUCAACUUUGAAAUCCUCCUCGCCAACGUG